UGUCAGUUCCUGAACAUGGCUUUUGCCAACCUAUUUCCAUUCCUCUCUGUACGGAUAUUGCCUAUAACGAGACUAUCAUGCCAAAUUUAUUAGGGCACACCAACCAAGAGGACGCGGGGCUUGAAGUGCACCAGUUUUAUCCGCUUGUGAAAGUUCAAUGCUCUCCUGACCUGAAGUUUUUCCUCUGCUCCAUGUAUGCCCCCGUUUGUACGGUGCUGGAACAAGCACUGCCUCCGUGUCGCUCGCUCUGCGAGAGAGCGAGGCAGGGCUGCGAGGCGCUGAUGAAUAAAUUCGGCAGCCUGUGAAUAUUUCCCUGUUCACGGAGCGGGUGAGUUGUGCGUCGGGCAAAACGUGUCUGAUAGAAGCGCUCCUAUUAAUCCUACCUCGGAUGUAACAAAAUCACUUUAUGGGCAGCAUAGGACUGUAAAGGGACAGUUUAGAUGCCCAGUUGAAUUGAGAGUACCCCCCUAUUUUAACUACCGUUUUCUUGGGGAGGAGGAUUGUGGUGCACCUUGUGAGUCCUCAAAACCACAUGGAAUGAUGUACUUCAAUGAGGACGAGUUGAAAUUUUCCAAGAUAUGGAUUGGAAUAUGGUCUGUGUUAUGUUGCGGGUCCACUCUGUUCACAGUUUUGACCUACUUUGUGGACAUGCAGAGGUUCAGCUACCCAGAGCGACCCAUCAUUUUCCUAUCAGGCUGCUACACAAUGGAGUCAAUAGUCUACAUCGCUGGCUUCUUGUUGGGGGACAAGGUGGUAUGCAACAACCGCUUUGACAGUCACGUCAAAACGGUCGUCCAAGGCACCAAAAAGGAGGGCUGCACCAUUUUGUUCAUGAUGCUCUACUUUUUCAGCAUGGCCAGCUCCAUCUGGUGGGUCAUCCUAGCCUUGACGUGGUUCUUCUCAGCCGGGAUGAAGUGAGGUCACGAGGCCAUCGAAGCCAACUCGCAGUACUUCCACCUGGCGGCGUGGGCAGUACCCGCCAUCAAGACCGUCACCAUCCUGGCGGUGGGGCAGGUGGAUGGCGACGUUCUGAGCGGCGUGUGCUAUGUGGGCAUUAACAGCGUGUACGCUCUCCAAGGCUUCGUUCUGGCACCGCUGUUCGUCUACCUCUUCCUGGGCACCUCGUUCCUUCUGGCUGGCUUCGUUUCGCUCUUCCGCAUCCGGACCAUCAUGAAGCACGACGGCACCAAGACGGAGAAACUGGAGAAGCUCAUGGUGCGCAUCGGCAUCUUCAGCAUGCUCUACACGGUGCCCACCACCAUCGUCAUUGCGUGCUACUUCUAUGAGCAGGUGUUCAGGGAACAGUGGGAGAAGAGUUGGGUGAGUCGGACGUGUAAGAACUACGCAGUGCCGUGCCCUGGGCAUCAUCUCCCGCAGAUGUCGCCAGACUUUACCGUCUUCAUGAUCAAGUACCUGAUGACGUUGAUCGUGGGCAUCACCUCUGGCUUCUGGAUUUGGUCGAGUAAGACGCUGAAUUCGUGGAGGAGAUGUUAUACGAGACUGGCGAGCAAUAAACAGGGUGAGACGACAGUAUAAGACCGUAUACUGUUUGUUUUCCCCUGAACACACACAGAUGCAUAAACUGAAGAAAAGGCUACUGUGACACACUUUUUUAAAAAGAAAACAUUUUUAGUGUAAAUAAGCUUUUUGGGGAUAUUCUUUUACGUAUACGUAUAUAUUUGUAUUUAAAAUAGACCACACAUUUUAUUCUCAUCAAUCACACUUUGAUCUAAAAAGAAGAAAAGCUCAAUCUAGUUCAAUGAGGAGAAUAGGACUGUCUGAACAUUGUCAUUAAUUCUAUUGGUGCUCCAUUGAACUUUUUCAUGUCAUCCCUUUAGUAGUGUUUCAUGUGAACUAUGGGAAGAUCUCAAUUGCAUACUCCUAGCGUCCUCUCUCCUCCUCUCCUUCUCAAAAACUAAUUGGACGAGAAAGCCAGUGGUCCCUCCCCUCCCCAAUGCAAUUGAGAUCUUCCCUGUAUUUGAGAAACAGUCAACAAGGUUCUGUUGGACUUUUGCUGUAUUUUAUGGGUCAUAAUGACCUUUUUCACAAUCAUUCCACUAAUUCAAACCUGGUUAUAGGCCACUUAAUAGUUUAUUCUCGUUUCUAUUGACGUCUUUGUUUUGCCAUGUGUUUUUAGGGGAUGUCUGAGCAUUCAUUUUUCUUUCACCAUGUGUAUUUUAUGUUUUGGGAAUAUUUUACCAUUACAGUGAAUGCAGACUUCUCCAAAUAAAUAUUGGAUUAGGGGAUGAUAUCAAUAUCCCUAUGUGUAAACAAAAGGCCUGUCGCUAUUGAACUAUCUUGACUUUAGCACGCAUUCAAAAGCCUUUUACUUAUGGGGAUGGAUCCAAAAUUAUUACUUUCUGAACCCACAAGCUAUACGACUGGAAUUGACUUUGACAAUAAUGGAAUGCUCAGUCCAGUGCCUUUGUUUUAAUGAAGAGAGUAUGGGUGGCGUUAUUGUGAUUGAAGUCCAAUAAUCCAGCUAUCCAGCUGUCUACACAAUUGUCCAACAGCUGUUGACCAACCUCUUUCUAGUCACCAAGGGAUUGUUUUCUGGUGACUCCAAGCACAUUAUUCUGCUUAAAUGGGUGAAAAUUGACUAAUACCGCACCCCACAUGGCAUCCUUGAAUAAAAAACAUUAUCAACUUUAAUGUGGAGACCACUUUUGAAAUCAGUCACACUGUAGUGUUUCCAUUUAUGCAUGCAUGUUGCGCGUAUGUCAUGUUCGUUAUUCUAUAAUUAAGCAAUAAGGCACGAGGCGGUGUGGUAUAUGGCCAAUAUACCACGGCUAAGGGCUGUUCUUAGCACAACGCGGAGUGACUGGAUACAGGUCUUAGCCGUGGUAUGUUGGCCAUAUACUGCAAACUCCUGAGGUGCCUUAUUGU